UAGUGUCCGUCCGUGGUUGCCUGGGGCAACGGCACCCGGGGCCUGAGUGCGGAGGCCUCCGGAUGGACAGCGCGGGAACAGGCCUGCGGGGAUGAGGCGUGAUCUGGGGCUGGUUGGUGAGGCAAGCCCGCGCCUCAGUUUCGCCCCUCUGGAGAGAGUUGGAGCUUGGUCCGGUAGGGACUGUUUACAGUGGGAUGCGUAUAUAUAAAAAAGUUUAUAUAUAAUAUAAUGGCUUCUACUAGGAAGCCCAGCGGUUCUCCACAUGGAAUUUUUUCUUUCAGUGAUAUGUUCUUAGAAGAUUUAAAAGUGGAAGAGAUCAGAAACUUGCAUGCCAAAAGUUUGCCAAAGAUCUCAAGGGAAGACUCUGUCCCAGGGAGAGGACCGAGGUGGACUUCUUCGGGUAGGGGCCCCCCAACCUCCUCCAAGACCAGAGCCAAUGCUGCCCUCAUGAAGCUGGCCCAGAUUGAAACCAAGAUCCUGAGUCGGAGGAAAGUACCCAUGACUUUGUCUGAUACUGAGUCUGACUCAAAGACCACUGAUGAGGGUCUUCUGAAGAGAACAGAUGCAGUGGCUGCCCCCCUUUCUUCCCAACAUUCACACAGAACUUUCCAGAAACAAGUAUGUGAAACCCCAGUUGCAAAGAGUGAUGGGCAAAAUGGGAAAGCCAGCAGGUUUCUGAAGAAGAAAAAACUACCCAUUGAAGACAGGUCCCUGAGGGCGCCUGAUGAGACAGAGAAGAAUCUUCAAGUGCCUGGACAGAAAGAACCUGCUGGAAAAUUUGGUGCUCCCGACAGUGACAAAGAGGAAAUGAAAAGGUCGCUAGGAAGCUGGAUGGAAUCUUCUACAGACAAAGAUAGGUGUAGGAAUCAGGAGCUCAGCAGCACCCAAGUCAGCAGAUGUGACCAUGGAAAACCAUUCUUGGAUCAGACACUGACACAGCCAGCCCUGUGUCUGCUCAGUGCAGACCGGUCCAGCUCCAGGCCUUCUCUGCCAUCACGCCUUCCAGUCUCACAGACAGCACAGGGAACUCUUCAGAGCAUUGGUCACAGAACUCUUUUCCCACCUACUCACAAUGCUGGGGACACGGCCUCCCUCACACCCUCGCCUUCCAUCUCAGAUGACUUUUCAAAAUCUGCAUUUUCAAGGAUGGGGUGCAUCCAGCUGGCGUCCUCCCUGAGCAGGAGCAAGGCAGGGGGGCCUUCCAAGGAGCUGGUUUCAGAAGCCUCCGAUGACAGCCUCCAUGAUUUCAGAGUUAAUAUUUUGUCCAUUGAUGAUCUGGCUCCAGCUAAAUGGGAGAAAUCAAACAUGGAACAGAAAGAGGAAAGUGCUGGAAGGGAAAGACUGUCAGGCAGAAGCUCCCUGCCCUUGUCACCUGCCCAGCCCCUCAGCUCCACAUUCCAAGGUACUGCUGCCUCCGUGGAAGAGGACCUUGCUACGGAGAAUGACAUCUCAGAGCACAUGGGUGCCAGCUCAGCAUCAUCUGUCCAGACUCACAGAGUAUCCAGCAGGCAAUCAGCUGAGACUCCCAUGACCCACAUGGCCAGCAUGGUUUACACUGAGGACUUUGAGCAGUCCUCUAGUCCCUCAGCGUUUGAGAAGUCUCUUGACAGGACACUGGACACAUUGUCUCAGUUUUCUUCCAGUCUGAAGGCAGACCUUUGUCCUAGCAGACCACCCCUAGCUAGGACAAAGUGGGGCCGAGGCAUGACAAGAGUUGUGAAAGAGACAGCUGUGCAGACUCUCGACCCUGCCUUCGCCUACCAGUGGACCAAGGCGGGCAGCAUGGCAACCAUGGGACCUGUCCUGGGAGGUGCCUACGUGGACCCAGUACCUGUUGCCAGUCACGUGGUCAGUGCAGAUGCCAUUGAAGCCCUGACAGCCUACAGCCCAGCUGCAUUAGCGCUGAAUGACAUGCUGAAACAGCAGCUGAGCCUGACACAGCAGUUCAUCGAGGCCAGCCGCCAGCUGCACGUGGCCCUCCUGCAGUCCCUGGACGAGGACUCCUUCCACUACCACACCCUGGAGGAAGCCAGAGAGUACAUUAGGUGCCACAGGCCCAUGCCACUGACCAUGGAGGCUGCCCUUCAGGAGGUGAAGGAAGAGCUACAGGUCCUACCAUUAACCACAUUCCAUGCUUCCAGCCCCCAUCUGCCCAGCAGAUGGCUGUGAAGACACAUGAGGAACCAAGGCCACCCAGCAGGAAUGGGAACCCUGUGAGGAUGAGAACACCAUGUGCCAGGACUGCUUCCCAGCCUGAUGAGCCUGGCACCCUGCACAUCCAGCACCCAGGAACCUGCACGGAGCAGCCUCCUCAUGGCCUGCGCACCUUUCUCAACACCUGGAGAAAGCCAUCUUUUAAAAAGGCUUUAUUUGAAGGCAGAAACAGUCAAAUCCACACGAAACAGUUAACAGCAUGAGUUUAUGCUGAAUUUGACACAUCUGAGUCGGUCACAGCUGUGGGAAUCUAAAUCAAAACCAAACUGUGUAUUGAAAAGUCGGAGAGAACUUUGCAUUUUAUUGAAAAGAACAUUUCAAAAGUUUCUAUACAAACAAUGGCACCGUGCUGCCCCUGGACCCAGCAGAGGCUCCCUCAGUCUCACCUCUCUGGUGUGGGCUGCCCCUACACUGAUUGGUGUACUCGGUGCUGGUUGGGCCCUGAGUGGCAGCCACAGUAGGUGUUGGGUGAGGGAGUCUGACAGGCUCAGAACCUUUACCUAGGUCAGACAGACAGCUAAUGUUUGAGGAAAAGGGUCAACAAAUACAGCUAUAACUGAACAAGGGAGUCAGGUUCAAAUGCCCUCCCAGGGACUGGCUUAGAUCAGCACUUUUUCUAAAGCAAAACCAGGUGGAACGAGAAUAAAAUCUGUUUUGGACUCUGCAA